AGAGAGAGAGAGCACAUUUAAAAUAAAAGGGUCAAACUUGAUAUUUUACAAACAUACAUUCGCUCCAUUCUGUGAAAUAAUCUCGCGGUGUUUCAAAGUCAUCUCUGUUGACUGCACAGCAGAGAGAACGCGGCUCCAGGUCAUUGUUCAUUGUUCAUCUGUGUCUCCCAUACUCCACUGUGUCUGUGUGUCACCUUUGUAAACGCUCAACACAGCCGUGCGUGCAGUAAAACGUGGAGGAGGUGACUGGAUGCAGUCAAGGCAUUUGCACCUACUGUCUUCACACUAUAGCUGAGCUGGAGGGGGCUAAGAAUGAGGUGACCUUGUCCCUGUGUGACCGGCAGUUUGGCACAAACUACACAGCAGCACUCCACACUAGGAAUCUUUUUUUAAAAAUAAAAAUCUUAAAAAAAAAUAAUAAUCAUCAGCCAGUCCAGAAAGGCUGAGUGUCCUCGACCUUUUGGAUGUCUGAGAGGCUCCACUAGAAACCUUCCCUCCUUUUACAGUGCUGUAAAAGUGGCCAUAAAGCUCUGCAUUGUACAUAAUAGUUAGGGACAGCUUUCAACAACCGACUUGUCGAGCAGGGGUUGGAGUUAAAUUUAGAUAAGCAGCUCCAGACUCCCACAGACACUCGCAGAGAUAUGGCUGAUGAUCGGGGGAGACUGUGAUGCACCACUUUUCCCACCACACUUUCUCUUUAGUUGGACCAAAAGAAAAUCUAUGAGAGAGUAGAGCAGGCUGCUCGGACUGGGAGGAGUCUGAACUCGCCUGCUGUUUUAAUUGGCUACAGGCUACAGUGUGAAGCGUGAGUAUCAGUAAUUAUUCAGCAAUGUUUUGCACAAGAAAUGUCAGCCAGAAAGGGCUAUCUUCAUCCUCCGUCAUAUUAUACCACAACGAUGACAUGCCCCAACAACCAGGCUGGAAAUUCGUUUUUCGUGGACUCCUUGAUCAACGUGAGAACCGACAGCGGUUCGUAUUACCAGAGUAACGGCGUCUAUCUGCCACCGGCGUCGGAAUAUUCCUAUGGACUCUCGGGCGGCUCUUGUUUCCCAGGGCUCGGAAAGCGCAACGAGCCCAGCAGCCAAAGCGCCAUCCCCGCGUCCGCUCCCUAUGUCCAGGGAAUGGAAACGUGGCUGGAGACGUCGAGGUCCUGCCGGGUGGACCAGCCCAGCGGCCAGCAGCACAUGGCUCAGUGUUCCUUCUCCCCGACUAUCAAGGAGGAGGGCGCAUAUUGUCUUUACGAGUCUGACAAAUGUCCUAAAGGAGCGUCAGGAGAGGACAUUUCCUACACCGCCGCGUCGUGCCCGGUGACGGGCAGCACGGUGCCAGUGCCCGGCUACUUCCGCCUGUCUCAGACGUACGCAUCCUCCCGGCUUUACCCUGACGCGCAGCCAAACGCGAACCACUUUUCACUGCAAAGACCUGCGCGCUUGGACAGCCAGUCUUCCCAGACGCCGACUGCGUCUGCGGAGCCCGAGAAUCGCAGGGAGAACCACGAGGAGGCGCCGCUCCAUGCACCCUGCGCUCCGGCCGUGGAGGAGGACAGCCGCCUGUCCUCUGAAGGCUCAUCCUCCCCGGAGCCCGCUGAGACCUGCGGUGCGGACUGUCCAGAAAAACCCAGCAAAGGAGAAGGCAAAAUGGAAAGUACUGCUAAUUGGCUCACAGCAAAGAGUGGCCGAAAGAAGCGCUGCCCCUACACCAAGCAUCAGACUCUGGAGCUGGAGAAGGAGUUUCUCUUCAACAUGUACUUGACGAGAGAGCGGCGUCUGGAGAUCAGACGCACAGACAGGCAGGUCAAAAUCUGGUUCCAGAACAGGCGGAUGAAACUGAAAAAAAUGAGCCGGGAGAACCGAAUCCGGGAGCUUUCCAACAACUUCAGUUUCUCAUGAGACUGAGUCUGUGUGUCUGUGUGUCUGUGGCGCCUCUCUCUGCCGGAGGUGCAGACUCCCUCCUCCACCAACUGUGAGAAUGUCCAUGGGAGACAGAACAGGACCUUAAAUUAACUUAUUAUUAAUUGUUGUUCUUUGGGGGGAAAAAUGUUAUUUUUAUUUUUUAGUUUGUCGUGAGUAUGUAUUUAUAAAUGUCUACAUUUGUAACGUUGAUCCAUUGUGUUGAAGGAAAGAAAACCGAGGAAAAACCAUGUGCAGAAUGUGACCACGUUGUUCCAGAGCUUCAGGCUUGUACAUAUUGUAUAUUCAGAAACCUGAGUGAAUCGGUGGAAUUUGCAUGCUGGACUCUGUAGAAUCCUGGGAGACUUGUCUUACUCUUUCCAUGUAGGCCUUUGUGUGACAUCUACACAACCCACCCAAGAGGUUUCCAUGAAUAUUUGCACAUUUUUGCUGGUCAAAUUAAUAAAAACCCAUUCAUGCAAGUGUAGACUUUUUGUUUUUUUAAUCUCAUUUAAAAAUCAAGAAAAACCGAGCGCGCUGUUGGAAAGUUAAAAGAAAAACUACUGCGUGGCGCUGUGGCUUAAAGUCGAUUUAUUAUCACUCAAUAUUUACAUUAAUUUGUAUUUUGCAGUCAGGGCCUUUUGGAGAGAUGUAUUUUUUGUGUUUUGUGUCAGAUUUAUUUGACCACAGGAUUAAUGAAGCAGUGAUUGUUUGCCAUCGUUAUUGUUAUUUAUAAUAAAAUAUAAAUGCAAAAAAAAAACCCAAUCCAUUUUAAUAUUAUCUGUUCUUUUCGAAAAUUGUGUUAUAAAAUGUUAUGAUUUUUUUUCUUUUUUUUU